AUGGCAUCUGCCAAACAAGUAGAAGAACUAGCCCUUGGUCUUGAACUUUCAGGGCAUCCAUUUUUAUGGGUUGUUAGACCAAACUUCAUGGAUGGAUCAACUGUGAAAUUCCCGGACCGAUUCAAGGAUCGAGUGUCUGGAAAGGGGAAAAUAAUCGAAUGGACGCUGCAGGAAGCGGUGUUGGCUCACCCUUCGGUUUUGUGUUUCGUGAGCCAUUGCGGAUGGAAUUCGACCGUGGAAGGUCUAACCAUGGGGGUACCUUUUCUAUGUUGGCCAUACAUAGCAGACCAGUUCAGUAACAAGAACUACAUAUGUAAUGUUCUGAAGACUGGUUUGGAGUUGAUGAAAGGUGAAAAUGGAAUUACGACCAGACGUGAAAUAAGUUCAAAGAUAAACACAUUGAUCUCAUCUGAUGUCAUAAAUUGA